AAAAACCCAAAUAACCCAACCGUCUACGCAUAUAAUCGGAGAAAUCUCUCUGCCGCCAUAUUCAAAGCAGUUUCACACAUUUAAUGUGAACACGUUUUAUCUAUCACUAACCAAAAAAAAAUCUCUAAUCGGAAAAAAAAAAUGUCGGUUCACGGACGAUUUCCGGCGAGUCCACCGAUUUCAUUAUCUCCGUCGUCUUCUUCAACAUCUCCGUCGUCGCAGUCACCAUCAACACCACCUGAUCUAAAGCAACGAGUCAUCGCUUGUCUCAACAAGCUCGCUGAUCGUGACACUUUAGCUCUCGCUUCCGCUGAGCUUGACUCCAUCGCUAGAAACCUAACUCACGAUUCCUUCUCUUCGUUUCUUAACUGUAUCCAUAACACUGACUCUUCCGUUAAAUCUCCGGUGAGGAAACAGUGCGUUGCUCUCUUAUCGGUUCUUUCUCGUUACCACGGCGAUUCUCUCACGCCUCACCUUGCGAAGAUGGUUUCAACUGUAAUCCGCCGUCUCCGAGAUCCGGAUUCUUCUGUUCGCUCUGCUUGCGCCGUCGCGACGGCGGAUAUGUCGGCUCAUGUUACGAGGCAGCCGUUUGCUUCUGUUGCAAAGCCGUUGAUUGAGACGUUGAUUCAGGAAGGUGAUUCGAAUUUGCAGAUCGGAGCGGCGUUGUGUUUAGCUGCGUCUGUUGAAGCGGCGACGGAUCCGGAAUGUGAGCAAUUGAGGAAAUCUUUGCCUAAGAUUGGGAAAUUGCUUAAGAGUGAUGGUUUCAAGGCUAAAGCUGCGUUGUUGAGCGCCGUCGGGAGUAUAAUUAACGCCGGUGGUGCGGGAACUAAACCGGUUUUGGAUUGGUUAGUUCCGGUUUUGAUUGAGUUUUUGAGUAGUGAGGAUUGGGCGGCGAGGAAAUCUGCGGCGGAGGCGUUGGGUAAAGUUGCGACGGCGGAAGAUUUGGCGUCACAGUAUAAGAAGACUUGCACGACGGCUCUAGAGAGUAGAAGAUUUGAUAAGGUAAAAAGUGUGAGAGAAACUAUGAAUCGAGCGUUGAAUCUAUGGAAGGAAGUUUCAAAUGAUGAAGAAGCUUCUUUAUCUCCAUCAAGAUCUUCAACAGAUGAAGGUAGCAUUGGAUGCUUCUCUUCAGUCACGAGAAGUUCUACCAUUGACGUUGGUUUAAAAUCCGCUAGACCAAAGAAAGUAACGCCUAUAAUGAAGAGGUCCCCAUCUUUGCCUGUGAAUAGAUCAUAUGCAGCAACUAGACAAAAAGAAAAUCUUCCAAAAAGAAAUCAAGCAGUAGAAGCCUCUAGUGUGGAUAACAAGGGACCACAUUUUACGCCGGUAAAGAAAUAUUCGGAAGAAUCGGAAGAGAAGGAUAACUCAGGGGGACCAGAUAUAAUCAAACAUACUAUCUCUGAGAAAAGCCGGGAAGAUAGUAAAGUAUCGAGCUUUGGUGGUUUGAGGUCUGGCUCAAGGGUUGCACCUUGUAAUGAUGAUGGUGAUUCUUGUGAUUCUGUAGUCAAGAACUGUAAAGAUGAUGUUGAAGAGAGCAAGAAAGAUAGUGAGGAACUGUCUUUGAUACGGGAACAGCUUGCUCUGAUUGAGAACCAACAGUCCAGUCUCUUAGACUUACUACAGAAAUUCAUGGGAACCUCACAGAGUGGCAUCCAGUCUCUGGAGUCUCGUGUAAGCGGUCUAGAGAUGGCGUUGGAUGAAAUAUCAAGCGAUCUUGCGGUUUCUAACGGGAGAGUUCCUAGGAAUAGUAGUAGCUGUGCAGGAGACAGUUGUUCCAAACUACCUGGUACAGAGUUCUUAAGUCCCAAGUUCUGGAGAAAAACCGAGGAGAGACCACGGAUUAGAAACACAGCUAGUGAAAUGGCUGCAUACGACCAGGGAAUGCGAGAAUCAACAGAUGCAAACAACAGUCAAAGAGGAGGUUCAGUUUUUCAAAAGAGAUCACCAAGAGACCAGUUCCAAGACUCUAUGCAUACAACACUACAGAAACCAACAACCAGAUUAUCUACUUGAAGCAAAAGAGGAAAAGAGUGAUUCAAAUUUUUGAGAAGAUUGAACUUUGAAGCACAAAUAGAAGCUGACCAGACACUAACUCAAGAAGCUGAAAAUGAAAAGCGAAAAAUCUCAGAUUCGAUGCUUUGCUUCAAACCGCUUGUUUGAGUUUUCAAAUCUCUCGCACAUGUUUAAGUUAAGCUUCAAUAAUUUAAUCAGCUGCGU